AUGAAUCUGUUCAGGAAGAAAGUGAAGGAGUGGGUGUACUCAUUUUCCACCGAGGACCACUAUGCCGAGUACAACAGCAACGACCAGUUCAACAUGGGUAUGAGGUCGCAAGGUGCCUCUCACCACGAUGUGGAGGCGCACGCGCAAUCCGCUAACGACAACAUCUUGUCGAUGGAAGAUGACAUCGAUCUGGAUAGCAUGGACGGCACUCCCAGCGAGGGUGUCUCUGAAGUGCUGCUGGCCUGGAGACACAUUGAUACGUGGACCAGCGAAUAUAACCCUGACUUAAACGCGACUCUGAGCGAUCCUUGCACCGCAAACGACAUAAAACACGCCGAGGAAGACCUGGAAGUUGUCUUGCCAAAGGCUCUGAAGGCAUCCUAUAGAAUACACGAUGGGCAAGAAGAUCUGGAAUCGAUGACCGGGACUUCAGGUCUGAUCUACGGGUUGCAACUAAUGACCCUGGAUGAAAUAGUAGCAAUGACCCAAAGGUGGAGAAGCGUCGCCGAUAAACUAAACAAGCAGGCAACUAUGUCAAAGCACUCCAGCGUUGGUGUAUCCAACGGCUCUUCGAUGGGCUCGACCGCCUCUAUUGGAUCAAGCAGCCAACAGCAGAGAGAAAAACCAAGAAACAAGUUUAAACUACCAUACAUCCCAGAACAGAAAUCUAUCCCACCAGAGACUGUUCUUCCGUUGUACGCACACGCUAUGUGGAUUCCAGUGCUUACUGAUAACGCCGGUAACCACAUCGGUAUCGACCUGUCUCCAGCCCGUCUGGGUAAGCACGGCCAAGUGAUCAUGUUCGGCAGAGACUUCGAUACUAAGUACGUUGUAGCAGAGAACUGGGGUGAUUUCCUACUGUCUUUUGCUAAUGACUUGGAAGCUGGGAAUUGGUUGCUUGUGGAUGACAGUGAUGAUUACCUUGCAGGUGAAGGUGAACUUGUCUUUAGAGACAAGAAAUCCAACGGCCCUAUCCAGGAUUAUUUGGAAGUCUUGAAGAAAAGAUCAUGGAACAAAUACCAAGAACAACUAAGGACUAACCAGGAAACUAUGCAAAGUGGUGAACCUACUUUGACCUCCACUAGAACUCACAAGAAGACAUCCUCUUUUGAAUUAGAUGACGACUUUGAUCACACAACCACCACCACAGAACAUAACGGUAAUGAAUUCAUUGAAUCUUCUGUGCCGGAGACCAAUAGCGAUAUCCCUCAAAUUGUGAAGAAGGAAGAAUUAGAUGAAACUGCCGAGGAGACCAAGGAGGAAUCCAACGAGUUAGAUGUUAAGACAGAAGAAAUCGCUCCAGAAUCCACUCAAAUUAUUGAAGAGACUCCAGAAACCAAAGAAGAAGAGGUAUCAGAACAACCUGAAGAAGCUGUUGCAGAAGUAACGGUUGACGCUAACAUCGAAGAACCAGAACAGCAGGUCGAAGAACAAGAAGUACUUUUGGAGAAUGAAGUUACUGAUAGCGUAAAUAACGCUGAUGCCAAUACGGAAGCUGUUCCUGAAGUUGAAGAGAAGAAGACAGAGAUAGAAACGGAGACCCCUGCUGAACCGAUAGAAGAGGAAGAAGAAUCCACAAAUGUUGAAGCUCCCCAAGUCGAAGAAGAGGAGGAUUCCACUACAGCAGAACCAGCUGAAACAGUUUCUAAAAGUAAGAAGAAAAAGAAUAAGAAGAAAAAUAAGAAGAAAAACAAAGCUAAUCAAGACGAUAACGUUAACGAAUUAAGUCAUGAUUUCGAAACUGUUCAACUAUAA